AUGGCAAAUGUUACACUUCCAGGCUGCGUGCUUUCCCCAGUGGGCUUGUCGGCGAGGAAGUGGGGGAGUUUGAGUCUCCUUCCAGACUGCGUGAUUACAUGCCCCGUCUUCCUGACACCCCAAACACGACGAGGGCGGGUUUGUCCCCACGCACUCAGGCUGCCAAAGGCGUGUCACACGCUCCUUAGGCGCAACUGGGCCUCCGCCGCUCGCUGCAGCGCGGGGACUGGUGGUGGGCGCCUGCGGGCUGCUGUGAGCUGCAAGCGGAGCCAGUGCCCAGGUCUCCCCGGCUGGACCCCCACCUGGGCCAAAAGGCAGGAGUGGCAAGAGAGACGGGCCCCAGGGGGCGACAGACUAAAAUCCCCAGAACGUGGGACACAGCUUCACACACCUUCAACCCCCAGCCUUCGGCGUGGGGCCUGUCCUUGGCCCAGGUCGGGGGCGCCUCCUCCCGCUAGAAUUUUUCUCUGUGGUUUCUCCUGCUGGCCGCAGCUUGACGACCCCGGGUCACCCCUCCUCACCGCAGCAGUGAUCCCACCCCCAGGCUGGGUGUCGUUCCCCGCGGGCCGAGGGUCCGGGUGCGGGUGUCAACGCACGGGACCAGCGCGUUCGGGUCAUUUCGAGGUGUGUGGCUGGGCCACCAACUCCGCUCCCUCAGUCGCGGGAGGCGAGCUGCGCCAGCUGCGCGACCGUCCCCGUGGCCGAGGCUUCUGCUCGGCGGCUGGCGACGUUGGGAGGAGACAGCGGGCAGAGAGCAGCGGAGGAAGAGGGGCAGGCCGGGCGGCCGCGCCGGUACCAACUUCUUCGGGGCGCGCGGCGGGGCGGGCGGGGAGCGCGGCCGGAGCCCCGAGCAGAGCUGAGCGCGGCGGAGCUCGGGAGCCGCGGCCCGCGCCCUGCGCCGCCGCCUGCUGGUCUGCUCCGGGUGCUCGGCCCCCGGUGCUAAGGCUCGGGUCUAUAAAUAGCAGGUUACAGCUCCUUCUCGGCGCGCACACGCUCACGCGCGAACGCAGGAAAGUCAGCCUAAAAGUGUCUGCCGCCGCCGCCCCCCGCUCAGCCUCCGGGAGAGAACCCAAAGAAAUGGUGUUACCUGGCCAGAGAUCUGCUGUCUUUUAUGAAAAGUCAGACCAAGGCAGAAGCUUGUAGUCAUUUAUAAGAUGCGUGCACCUGGAAGGCACCUCCUCAUCUAGCAACCCUUCCACUUCAGGGU